AACCAAACGAAACGAGGAAAGCAAGCAUUCAAAGAAAAGCAGUCUCGCCUUCCCGUCUCCUUCCUCCUCCUCCUCCUCCUUGCUUGCUUGGUUUGGGUUCCUUCCAUAGCACACACAGCACCACAGCACGCGUCUUCUCCAUUCCUACCCUUUCGUCUGUUCACACCUCCUUAUAUAGCAAGGAAGGAGUAGCUAGCAGUCUAGCAGUCUAGCACACACGCACGCACGUCUCCACCUCGAUCGAGAUCGAUCACCACCCAAAUUCAUUCAGACACGCACCAGCAGCCCUUCCCACCUCCUCAUCAGUAGUCUCUUUAAUUAAUUCCUUGCUCAAGCAGCAAGCUCGAGCUGAUGAGCAUGGCGGCGUCUCCCGAGUUCUACAAGCCCCCCGCCGCCGCCUUCUCGCCCCCCUGCUCCUCGCCACUCCCAGCCCCAGCCGAGGACCGCUACGACACCACCUGCCGGACGCCGACGGGGAGCGGAAUCAGCUACCUCAAGGAGCCCACCACCUGCCCGCCGGCGCCCAGGAAGCCCUUGUGUAAGAAGCGCCUCUUCCUCUUCAACAGCGACACGGAGAAGCCCCUCAUCAGCCUGCGCCUCGACGAGCUGGAGCGCAUCUUCCGCCCCCACCCACACGCCGACAAGCGCCGACGGGGAGCUGGAGCUGGAGCUAGCUAGAUUCAUUCCACACUUCUUAUUAGCUCAUUAUUAGUUAUUACUGCUGCAUAUGCUUAAUCAGUGCUCUACUACUACUACUCUGAACGAGGAAGGAGGAAGGAAUCAUCAUAUAUAGGACUACUUGUUAGCUAGGAGUAGUACGUUCGUUAUUACUACAAGCUUAGCCAAGCCAGAAAAUGCACUUACUUAUGGUUCAUCAGAUCAAUAAUGUACCAUCCACCGUUGUAAAUCAAAUAAGCACGCUCUGUACAAUUUCACAUUAGUGCUUCUUUAUUUCUUUUCUGAAUGAAUGCAACUUGUUUUGCCGCUUCAA